GGUCUUUUCUUUUCUCUUCUCUCGCACCGAAUCCGACAUAUGAGCGAAUAUGACACCGUUUGGCGCGUUGCUUUCUUUUGUGAAACUUGUUUCUCAUUGGUAUGUCUGCUUAUUACCUGCCUAAAAUGGAGUCCUGCUGAUACUAAACCCUUUCCUGAUAGACUUGAUGAAAGGGUUCAUGACCUUCCUUUGGUAGAUAUGUUUGUGCCCACGGCGGAUCCUGUUCGAGAGCCACCAAUUAUGGUUGUGAACACUGUGCUUUCGCUGUUAGCCGUAAAUUAUCCAGCGAAUAAACUAGCUUGCUAUGUGUCGGAUGAUGGAUGCUCACCUCUUACUUACUUCUCUCUCAAGGAAGCUUCAAAGUUUGCCAAGAUUUGGGUACCUUUCUGCAAGAAGUACAACAUUAGAGUUAGAGCUCCUUUUAGAUAUUUUCUGAACCCUAUAAGCGACGCAACAGAGGGUUCUGAAUUCAGUAAAGACUGGGAAACGACCAAGAGGGAGUACCAGAAGUUGAGCCGGAAAGUGGAAGAUGCCACCGGAGAUUCCCAUUUGUUUGAUGUAGAAGAUGAUUUUGAAGCAUUCUCAAACACAAAACCAAAUGAUCAUUCAACUAUAGUUAAGGUGGUAUGGGAGAACAAGGGAGGUGUAGGAGACGAGAAAGAGGUCCCUCAUAUUGUGUACAUUUCAAGAGAGAAAAGACCAAAUUAUGUUCAUCAUCACAAAUGUGGAGCCAUGAACUUUCUGGCAAGAGUGUCAGGGUUGAUGACAAACGCACCAUACAUCUUGAACGUGGACUGCGACAUGUAUGCCAAUGAUGCAGAUGUGUAUUUGGGACGAGGAAUUGCGGGAAUCCAAGGACCGAUAUAUAUAGGCUCAGGAUGCGUCCACACUAGAAGAGUUAUGUACGGCUUAUCUCCGGACGAUUUAGAAGUCAAUGGAAGCCUUUCUUCGGUUGCUACAAGGGAGUUUUUGACUGAGGAUAGUUUAGCAAGAAGAUUUGGUAGUUCGAAAGAGAUGAUAAAAUCGGUGGUUGAUGCGAUACAAAGAAAUCCAAAUCCACAAAAUAUACUUACAAACUCCAUAGAAGCGGCUCAAGAAGUUGGGCAUUGUCACUACGAGCACCAAACCAGCUGGGGAAACACUAUCGGUUGGUUAUAUGAUUCAGUGGCGGAAGAUUUGAACACGAGUAUUGAAAUACAUUCGAGAGGUUGGACUAGCUCAUACAUUUCUCCGGAUACACCUGCAUUUCUUGGAUCUAUGCCGCAAGGAUUACCCGAGGCGUUGCUCCAGCAACGUCGAUGGGCGACUGGAUGGAUCGAAAUCCUUUUCAACAAACAAAGUCCGUUGCGAGGAAUGUUUUGUAAGAAAAUAAGAUUCCGACAACGAUUAGCUUAUCUUUGCAUUAUCACUUGUCUAAGGUCAAUCCCUGAGCUUAUCUAUUGUCUCCUUCCCGCUUAUUGCCUACUUCACAACUCUGCCUUAUUUCCCAAGGGAACUUAUCUAGGCAUAACAAUUACACUUGUUGGGAUGCAUUGUCUCUAUACUCUAUGGGAAUUUAUGAGCCUUGGUUAUUCCGUAAAAUCGUGGCUAGUCUCCCAAUCAGUUUGGAGAAUAGUAGCCACUAGUAGUUGGUUAUUUAGCAUCUUUGAUAUCACUCUUAAGCUUCUUGGCAUCUCGGAAACGGUGUUCAGAAUCACUAAAAAGACUGUGCCUCAUGGACCCUCUGAAGGAGAAGACGAUGGUCCAAACUCAGACUCAAGUAAAUUUGAAUUUGAUGGCUCACUUCAUUUCUUGCCUGGCACAUUUAUUGUGUUGGUGAAUCUAGCCGCUCUAGCAGUUUUUUCUGUGGGUCUACAACGGUCGGGUUACAGCCACGGAGGAGGUGGUUCAGGUUUGGCAGAGGCUUGUGGAUGUGUUUUGGUAAUGAUGUUGUUCCUUCCAUUUCUAAUAGAAUCCAUGCUGUUGAAAGACGAAGCUUUUCAUCCGGACCUUCUAGAAGAGACAGAGGUGUUCUCCCCUCUUAUGCCACAUGUGUUAUCGGCGAGGGAGAAAUCAAGCCGGAAAAAAGAAUGAUUCCGACGGGGUCAAACCCUUUACAUAACAAGCGAUAGGAUUAUUAAAUUUCUUCCUUUUAU